CAGUGACUAUCCUGCGAUUGCGCCGCAUAUAGAAUGCAGAAAAAAUGUGAUUGUGUUUCUUCCCUUGUUUCAAGGUCUGCCGCGGAUCUGCAUUCUGUCUUAUGAGGAGACAGCUUUACUGCAAUGCUAUCUCAAUUGGUUUCGAACUCCGGGGGAGAGCAAAUGACCCGAAAGAAGGGUGUUGCCGAGCACUGACACUGUUUACGUGCGUUGUUGCUUUUUUUGGACAGACUGCCAGAAGAGGGGCAGGUGUGUGGUUUCAGUCGGCUUUCCACUGUCGGUGGUGCUGGCUACCGAGUUAUCCGCGGUCCCCCCGUCUCAGUUUCGCGUGGACUUAAAUUUCAACUGUCAGAAUCCUGCCUCCUUCCGUGGAUCGGACGUCUAGAUUGCAGGAAGAUUUUUUUUUUGGAUGACUCUGUGCCCCAUCGCACUCUAGGGAAGAGGAGUCAGACCUGGACUCGGAUGUAAGCCCUGAGGAAGCGUGUAAUCUCCUGGACAGAAAAAGAAGAAGAGCUUUCGGAUGUUGGGGUUGCAGAUGUCUGUCUCCUCAGAUUAGUCGACCCGCUUGACAUUUAAUGCCUGGAUAGAGCAUCCAUAGAGAGCGUCACGAUAAGGAGAGAUCAUCAACAUGAACACAGAUAGCGGAGGACGCGCUCGCAAAAGCACCACCCUGUCCCUCACUCUCACCUCCAUGAAGAGGGUCCAGAGUACGCCCAACCUGUAUGCGACCGCAGGAAAUGAGUCUCAUUCGUCAGAUUCAGACGGUUGGCGGUCCCGCAGUGCGACUGAUGGACUGAGGAAUGGAGAGGCCAGUUCUUCCUCCUUGGCGGCCAAAGGCUUCCGCAGCGUUAGACCCAACCUGCAGGACAAGAAGUCCCCAACGCCAGUCCCACUCCCACCCCCCAGGAGAGAGAGCUAUCACAUAACCCCCCCAGGCACAACCCCGCCCCCGUACAGUCCCCUGCAGUCCCUCACGGACCCCUUUGGCCCCCUGCUGAAAAUUGACGGGGCUGACUGUCUCGUUCAGGGAAAGAGGGUGAUCCAGCAGACCACCUACUCCAGCACCACCACCUCCUCCUCAUAUUCCUGCACAGCAAGCACCUCCGCCACCCCACCCCAGCCUGCGGAUGACCCGCCCAAACCCGUAGACACCCCUUCCCUGAGCAACGCCAGCCCCCCACCUCUCAAACCCACCUCCUCUGAGGGAGUAAACCCCCCCAGCACACCUCCAGCCCAGCCGGGCCCUGUCCCAAGAGAGAACACCUCCCCCACCUCCCCCGCACCCCCAGAGAUACACACAUCCUCUCUCACCAUCCAGAUGGCUGCCCCCCACAGCCCAGAGCCAGGAGCCCCAGGCCCCGCGGUGGAGACGGGACAAGGGCCGAAGCCCGAAACAAAGGAACCCCAGGCUGACCCCCCUGUCCCCUCAGUAGAGCCAAAACAGGCGGAGCCCCAGCCCCAGCCCACCGUUCCCCCCGUCCCAACUGAACGCAAAAAGGCGGAGCCCCAGAAGGCAGGACCCCAGGAUGUGGAGGAAGCUCCUCCUCUUCCCCCCCGCCCUACCAUCGGGGGGCAUUCGUUUGAUGCCCCGCCCCUGCACAGCCACCCAUUUCCCGGGCCCGCCUCGCCCACUAACCGCGCCAGCCUCGAGUCCCCCGACUUCCUGCCCAAGGCCCUCUCCCCGACGGCGUACGCGCCGUCCCCCGAGCGCGGCUGGCCCGGGCCCGACGCCCGGCUCCGGCAGAGCGAGGCGGCCUCGCCCGUCACCGUCUCCGCCCUCAGUCACUACUCCUCCUCCAGCGCCGUGCUGGAGGAGCUGCAGAACUGCGCCCUCGACUCCCCCGGCGCCUCGGCCACACCCUCCCCAACCCUCAGCCAGAUGUCCGCCGCCCCCGAUGACACGGCCCUAACCGCCACCGCCGCCGCCGCCGCUGCUGCCGCCGCUGGCACCCCUGCCAACGGCCAGAUGACGGUGAACGGAAGCGCGGGUCACUACCAGAAGCCCUUCUCCCCCCCGGCGCACCCACCCCCCGUUCCCCCCUCCCUCAGCCCCAGCAUUGUCCUCAGCAGGAGCUCAGAAUCCUCGGAGUCCGUCACCAGGGAGACGCGUUCUGUCGGGCAAACGACCAUGACGAGCACCGUGCCCAUCGCCCGCUUCUCAGAGGAGGAGAAGAGGGUGUCCAUCAUCAAGGCGCCCCACUACGAGGGCAUCGGACCCGUGGACGAGUCCGGCAUCCCCAUCGCCAUCAGAACGACCGUGGACAGGCCAAAGGACUGGUAUAAGACAAUGUUCAAACAGAUUCACAUGGUCCAUAAACCAGAUGAUGAUUAUGCAGACACAUACAACGCCACAUAUGCAAUAGUAAAUUCAGAUAACGGUUCGAACGCGGUCCACGCCCACCCGCCCCCCAGAACGCACACUUACCGGCCCCUCUCCAAGAGCCCCUCAGACAACGGGCCCGGCGCCUUCCCGGACGCCGCGCCCUCUCCCGUCCCGCCGCCGCCCCCUCCUAUGCCAUCACUGGCCCAGCUGAGACCCCGAGAACGGGACAGGGACACCCCUGACCUAAAUGAGUGGGGCCCCCCCGACAGGAAGAUAGACACUCGGAAGUACCGAGCUGAGCCCAGGAGCAUCUUUGAGUACGAGCCGGGCAAGUCCUCCAUUCUGGAGCAGGAGAGAGCAAUGUAUGACAUAAACCCAGAUGACUUAGAUUUAGAGAAUGAGCCCUGGUAUAAGUUCUUUUCCGAGCUGGAGUUCGGACGCCCGCCUCCUAAAAAGAGGCUGGAUUAUAAUCCAGAGAGCUGUCCUCGAAGUGUCACCCAGACAUCUUUUUAUCACGCUUCAAUAGACAGAGGGCCAGAGAGGCCAUCGAGCUCCGCCAGCGACCACAGGAAGAGGAGGAAGUCGGAGCCGUCGGUCAACCCGCAGGGUCCGCAGGGUGACCAGGGCUCCCCCCGACCGGCAGACCCCCACAAGGAGAGCAGCACCCUGAGGAAGCCCCUCGCCCGCUCCUCCCCCUCCUCACCGUCCAGACCCAGAGGUGGGGAUUUUAGUGUUAUGUACUCGCCGCGUUUAAGUUGUUCAGAUCCAGACCAGGAUACCUCACGGGACUCUGACCCCAUGGGUCCCGCGGGUGGGUCCAAGAGGUCCAUCUGCUUCAAAAACGGCUGGCAGACCCAUCGGCAGGACGCGGGGACCUGGAGCAGCGCGGAGGAGGCCACCUCCCCCAAGGUCAAGUCCCGCAGCUGCGACGACCUGCUGGGGGAGGGGCCGGGCGGCGGAGGCUCCGCCCCCCACACCGCCGCCGCCGCUGCCGCUCAGGCCCGCUCAGAGAGCGUGGGCUCGCUGGCGUGCGAGGAGGGGGAGGAGCCGGCGGGGCCCCGCCCCUGGCACUGGCACCGGUCCGCCCACGACACGCCGGGCUUCCUCCAGCUGUACCGCAAGAUGCACCGCAUCGACCGGCGCGACCUGCUGGCGUCCGAGGUGAUCCGCUCGGUGCGCGCGCGCAUCCUGGAGCUGGAGCGCGAGCGGAGCCGCGAGCGGGGGCCCGGCUGGCCCGGCUGCGGGGACGAGGUGCCGCGGGACGUGGUGCACACGCGCAUCUCCCAGUACGAGAGCCUGAUCCAGAAGUCCAAGUCCAUGCCCAACCUGGGGGAGGAGACGGGCUCGGGGGCGGCGACGCCGGGGUCGUCCCAGAGGAGCGGCAGCCCCCAGCGCCGCUUCUCCGUGGAGUCCCUGCUGGAGGAGGACCCCCCCACCCGGGACCCGCCCGAGGGCCAGCCGCAGCAGCCCGGGGGCUCCGCCCCGCCACGAGGCCCCGCCCCCGGCCCCUCCCACCACCGCCACCACCGCCGCCCGCCCCCGGACUGCUCGGACAGCGACCACGACGCGGCCGCCUCCGACCUGAGCGACUUCAUCCAGGUGGAGGGCUCCUCCCUCUGCAGCGAGAGCGACUACGACCGCUGCUCCCUCACCUCCUCGGAGAGCCUGUACGGCUCGGGCCAGCACCUCCACCGCCAGCACCCCCUGCACCACCACCACCACCACCACCACCGCCAGCUGCUCAGCUCCUGCAAGGGCCCGUGCCCGGCCUCCUACACCCGCUUCACCACCGUGCUGAAGCACGAGCGGGCGCGGCAGGGCCGCCGGCAGCCGCUCCGCCCGGACGAGGCCGACGCCGAGGCCGAGGCCGGCCUGUCCAAGCUGGCCUUCCUGGUGAGCCCCGUGCCUUUCCGGCGGAAAAAGGGCCCCCCGCCCCACCGGCAGGGGCGCCGGCCGCACCCCCGCUCGGCCGUGUACGCGGCGCUGGACUCCGCCCUGCAGGACAUCUUCGAGCACCUGCGGGACGAGAGGAGGCGGGGCCUGCGCCCCGACAGCAGCAUCCUGCACCGGCUGCUGGACGAGCUCCUGCCGGACGUCCCGGAGAGGAACUCCUCCCUCAGGGCCCUGCGGAGGCAGCCCCGCCCCCCGCAGCCCGACGGCCACGCCCGCCGCGGCCCGGAGCGCGAGCCGUCGCCCCACAGUGCCUCUCACCGCCGCGCCGACGCCGCCAAAAACAGCCGGGGGGGCAGCGGCGCCCCCAGCGACGCACGCGGCUACCAAGAUCAGGACACCUACCGAGGGUACUCCUACUCCGACGUGGGUCCCUGCCCUCCUCAAGGCAGAAGACCGACUCCUGAGAGAGAGAAACAGCCAGCCAGAGCAAUAUACGACUUUAAGGCACAGACCACGAAGGAGCUCACCAUUAAGAAGGGAGAGGUGGUGAACAUCAUCCGGCAGGUGGACAACAACUGGUAUGAGGGAGAACUGCGCGGGAGAGUGGGGAUAUUCCCUAUCGCUUAUGUGGAGAAACUCCCCCCAGAGAAGCAGCAGCCGGUCCGGCCGCCGCCGCCAGCGAACGUCCGAGAGAUUGGCGAGGCGGUGGCCCGCUACAACUUCAACGCCGACACCAAUGUGGAGCUGUCGCUGAGAAAGGGUGAGCGGGUGGUGCUGUUAAGACAGGUGGAUCAGAACUGGUAUGAGGGGAAGAUCGCGGAGACAAAGAAGCAGGGCAUCUUCCCCGUGUCCUACGUGGACAUCAUCAAGCGCUCCCCCGCCAAGAGUCCCGGGCCCUACAGAGAGUCACCCUCACCUCAGGGCCACACCCCCUCAUCCACCAGGCGACCAGCAUCCGGGGGAAGCGGCGGAGAACCGUUCCACGUGCUGUACAACUACCUGCCUCGCAACGAGGACGAGCUGGAGCUGAGGGAGGGCGACAUCGUGGACGUCAUGGAGAAAUGCGACGACGGCUGGUUUGUUGGAAUGUCCAGAAGAAGCAGGCUUUUCGGAACAUUUCCAGGAAAUUAUGUCAAGCAGCUAUAAUGCCUUGUUCAGCGACAUCAAAACCCCAUGCAGCACAAAUAUGCCAGACGAAGACGCGUCUGGAGGAAUAAAAAGCGGCACCGAUUUUGUGUGUGUGUUUCACACUGAAGAUAACCUUUAGCUAUAACUAGCCAUAUUUGCAAAAUACUAUUCCAGUAACAUUUUAACAUUUUCAGUAACUCUCGGUAUAUUCCAGUCAAUCAGCGUGUCUAGGGGGAAAAUGCAUUGGUGUAGAGAGACAGGAACCCUGGACACAGCACAGGCAAAUCGUCCCUGUACACUAGACCAGGUUAUCAAUGCACCAAGCAUGUUGAUUGAAGUUGUAAUGGGGGAUUAGGGCUUCCUGAACCUCAUAGUGGGUGGGGUCACUGUGGCCUGUCAAUGACUGACACAUAUGACCCAAUCAAAGACUUUUCUGUUCAUGGGGGGGGGGGGGGGAGCUUAAAUAAGUAAAUAUGGUCAUUGGUGGCUGCACCUCCUUUGGCGGUUCCUGAAGCCUUGGGGGUCCCUUCACUUGUUUUAUGAGUAUUCAGUUCAUUAUUUAUUAGCUAUGGUUUCUGCUGACAUGCAAUAGAUGCAAAAAAAGAAGUGAAAUGUAAAUGAAGUAUAUAACACUAUAAUGUGAGAGUAUUGAUUAUGAAUUCUUUGUUCUGUUAAAAAAAAGAAAGAAGAAACUACAGCCACACCUGAUGCGAAAACACACUGAAAGAUUUCACAAAUAUGAAGAAACCAAGUGACCUGUUUGCCUUUUAUAAUGAGUUGUUUAUCUUGGGGGCUAUGUGGCAACUGAUAUUGUGAUUUAGAGAAGAGAAGACCAUCAGAGCUUUUCACUGUAUGGAGUGGAGGUUCAUGUUUGAAUGGUGAUGAAGGACCUGAUGUAUUUUUUUGGGAGGGCUUAUGGUUCAACCUAUCACCAAGCGCACUUAAUCUUUAAUUUUUAAAUAGAGAACUUAAGCAGGCAUUGUUGUUUUGGAUCCCUAAUAUCAUUGGUUUGAAAGCCUCAUUGUUCAGACCUAAGGACAAAGCGCUCUUUGGGGUUAGACUGAAUGCAUCCUCCCUUAAUUUUAGCAGUAUAGCAGUGUUACAGCAGUGUCUCGGUGCUCGCUAACAUGUAUUUGAGUUAACAUUGAGGGGCUAUCUGUGCUGAGGGUCAUUGUAAGUCAUAGGCAGUGUUUCAGCCAGUUAGCUUUCGUGCACUUAGCCUGGUCACCUCACGUCCUAAAGAGCUGAUCGUUGUGUCAUCACUAUAACCAGGUGUUUCUCAGUAUUUACAAGGAUUGUAUGGCUUCCGGUUUGAUGCUAAUGAUGCUAAUGCUAUUAUUGUGUGUUUCUUGAUGGGAAAAUGUAUGAGGACUGCUGCAAUACGCCCUUUUUAUGGCUGAAGGAGGAAAGGAAGAUAUCUCAAAGUGCCUCUUUCCACACUGUUUGUGAAAUGGACGGAGAAGAUUGUUCUCCUCCUUUAAAAGCAUUUCCGUUUUAUGGCACCUCGUUGGGUAUUCUGUACAGCAUAUCUCUCCUGUGAUUGAUACAGCUUUGAUGCAAGUCAAGUGUAUUUUUAAAAAUUUCAGUUGGGUUUCUUUUGACAGAGUCUCUUCCACCUUCUGUCCAGCUGGCAAAAAAAAAAGCUCCUUGGAGACUUGAAUCUUGCACACAGUGAAUCUUGGCCAAUAGCUCAAACACAUCUUGAAAAUGUGCUCAAUCUAUUGCGAUUUUAUUCUCCACAGCAUGGCUGUCAAAUUUGCUUCAACAAUAGCAAUGAUCCUAAACAAGUGAGGGAGAAUAUAUUGCCCAAAGCCACCUUUAUUUAAUUUCUCACCUUUUUUAAUGUUUACCCUGCGUUCGUGAAUGGGAAAAAGUAUUGUGCUGUGAAGACUUCACAGAUAUAAAGAGAUUAAGCUUGUUUUUUUAUUAUUAUGGUUUAUUGCACAAGUAACAUAAUUUUAUUUAGAAGUUAUUUGCCUUGUUUUCGCCAUGUUACAAAGUGGAUAGAGAGCACGCCUUUUGCAUUGGAAACACUAUUGUGGGCAAGGACAGGUGUAGCAGAACAAUCGUUUAAGCACCUUAACAUGUAAUUAUUAUUUUGUUUUGUUGCUUCUCUCUCCCUCCUGUAGCAGUUUUGUAUGUAUUUUGUAUGGAGCUGUACAUUGAUGAAAUCCACUGCUUUAUAAAGUCUUUCUCACCCAA